CACCGGGUGGGGAAGCAGCUGAGCGUGGCUUCCUGCGUCGCGGGGCUCCAGGACCGCCCCUCCCCGCUGCCACGUUCACCUCACUGCCCUGCAUUUGUCCUGGGGAAGUUGAGCGGACCGCGGGGUGCACGGAGUAACCAGGUCACCUUGACUGGAAGUCACUCUGCUGAGAUAAUUGAAGCGGCGGUUCUUGACUUGGAAGAAAGAGGGUCCCCGCCUGGACAGUGUGGACUUCCUCCAGCCUCUCUGCACUCGUCUCCCCAGCAUUUCCUAACAAAGAUGCGGCAGCUCAAAGGGAAGCCAAAGAAGGAGACGUCCAGGGACAAGAAGGAACGCAAGCAGGCCAUGCAGGAGGCCCGGCGGCAGAUCACCACGGUGGUGCUGCCCACGCUGGCUGCGGUCGUGGUCCUGAUCGUCGUGUUUGUGUAUGUGGCCACGCGCCCUGCAGUCACUGAGUGAGCCUCCACUCCUGCGGAUGGGGAGUGGGAGGCGAAGGAAAUCCGGCUUUCCUCUGCGCAUGCUCACAGUGCUGGGUGCAGGGCAGGAAAGUCCUGUCUUCCCUGGUCUUCGACUUGGUUAAAGUUUCUCUACUUUUCUUUGGAGGGAAUAGGGAACAUUUUAUCGGUGAAUGUGCCAUACACCUGAUGGUCCACUUCAUGUGCCUUUCAGACUUCAGAGCAGUGUGUCCGUGUGUUUCUUUUUCUCCUGAAAUGGAUGCAUAGCGGUGCCUGGAGGGAGGGCUCUGGGUGAAGCUGCCGGAAUCAGAGCUGCCCUUGAUCCAUCCUCUGGAACAUGUUUUCUUUUUCCCGUUCACAUGUUCUGAAGGGACAGUGUUUCUUCUCUGUGCUUAAUGUGAUUUGAAAUCUGUUGACUCAAAGUGAGAUAUUUAUUUUUUGAAUAAAGGAGAUAACAGCCUUAAA